AUGUCGCUGAGACCUUCGCAAAAUCAUCAAAAUUUUCCAGCAUCUAUGGUAAAUGCACGGGGUGGUGCUUCACCUUCUCUCGGAUUGCCAUCACAUCUCUCGACUCAACUUUCCUAUCAGCACGUGGACUCUCAUUAUCAACACGGAACUCAACCACAUCAUUUUGCUGGUGAGCACUUCGUGCGAACGGCAAGUCUUUCUUUAAAUGUUCCGGUCAGAGAGUCGACGCCACCGCCACAUGGGAUUAAGACUGAGAUCAAGGAAGAACCAGUUGACGUUGCUUCCACGAGCAAUCAACUUCUCUCUCAGCCGCCUCCAGAAGGUGACGGAGAAAUUAACAUCGAGGUACGGAAUGUUGUUUGCAACUACACACUUCCAUUCCAUAUCGACCUCCGCCGCGUGGCUCUUGAUUCUUCAGAUGUGCAACUCGACCCAGGAAAGGGGGCUCUCGUGAAGCAGUUGCGGAAUCCCUGGUGCCUCAUCAAAAUAUACAAUUCGGGAAAGGUCUACAUUGUGGGGUGUCGUAGUGAGCUCGAGGCAAUGAGAGCAGCUCGUAAAGUGGCUCGUUGCAUUCAACGGUCGAUGGACCAAUUGGGAAAACGGAUUUGCAUGAGGAACUACAAAAUCUGCAAUGUUUUGGCCACCUGUCGACUCCCCUUUGGUAUCAAAAUCGAGGAGAUGGCACAGAAAUACAAGGAGCACUCAACCUACGAGCCAGAAUUGUCCGUAGGGUUGGUUUGGAGAAACAAGAUACCAAAGGCCACAUUGCGCAUUCACACAACUGGAAGCAUCACUGUCACUGGAGCUCAAUCUGAAGCUGAUGUAAUGGCGAUUCUGACGGAUAUUUAUGAAAAAGUAUGGGAAUUUCGCUGCGCAAACAGAAAUCGACUGGAAAAGGGAACGAAAAAGCGAAAGGUUAAUAAUCAAAGAUCUGACGGUCCGUCGCGAAAGCAGCAAUCUUUUAAUCGUGGAGGCAAUCAACCGACUUCGGGUCUUGUCGGAAAUCGUGUCUAUUUCAGCGACGAGGACGAGGACGAGGACGAAGAAUUCUUUGAUGAGGAUGAAGAAGAUUUU